GUACAAUUUACGUCAUAAUAGAGUUUUCAUAAGACUAAGAAAAAAACAUUUGUUUACUUUCAUGGUUCUAGACUUGACAAAUGACUUUUCAUAUGUCUCGCAUCUGAUCGAUCGUAUGCUUUGAUCAAAAAAUUAAACUAAAAAAAGUAUAUAGAGUCUAGGUUCAGUCACUAGUGCUAGUAGUGGCAGUGACUUGAGUUUCAGUCAUUCAUCAUAAUAUUCUUAUAGAACAAGGCAAAGGAUAAGAUCUUCAUUGUCAUUCACCUAUCUACUAUAAUUACCAACCAUCGGGAUCAAGGAUUCAAGCCUUGGCAGCAGGCUUAGAUUUAAUAGAGAAUCUAGAUCUAAAUUUAACUCCUGGAUGACUAUUCUUGCUACUUCAUUCAAUUGAGUUUUGAUAGUUUUCUUUACUCUCAUGUAAACAAAUGACAAGACUAGUAGAUCUUUAUCAGUUCUGCUCUAUCGGACUAGUAUCACUGUGUAAAAUUUUGUAACUUUAUUCAGUCAGCAAAUUCUGACUAUUGAAAAAAGAGAGACUACUCACAGACUUACAAAUUAAUUGCUACAGUGCUACACAAGUGACAAGUCAUUCAAGGCUAAUCAAGAAUAGAAAUUUACUUAUCAUAGAAUGGAGGAGCAAGAGAUUUUAACAACUUUGAAAAUAUUGAUAAUAGGUGAAAGUGGUGUAGGGAAAUCAAGUUUGUUAUUGAGAUUCACAGAAGAUACUUUUGACCCUGAACAGGCUGCUACUAUUGGAGUGGAUUUUAAAGUGAAAACUUUGACAGUUGAUGGAAACAAAACUAAACUAGCUAUAUGGGACACAGCUGGUCAGGAGAGGUUUAGGACUCUUACGCCAAGUUAUUACAGAGGAGCUCAAGGUGUAAUAUUAGUGUACGAUGUGUGUAGUAAGCAGUCUUUCAACAAACUUGAUGCCUGGCUGAAUGAACUAGAAACAUUUUCUACAAAACAUGACAUGGUGAAAAUGUUGGUUGGCAAUAAAAUAGACAGACCAAAUCAUGAAGUUACCAAAGAUGAAGGCUUGAAGUUUGCACGUAAACACCACAUGUUGUUCAUUGAGGCAAGUGCUAAAACAAAUGACGGUGUGCAGUGUGCUUUUGAAGAGCUUGUUGAAAAGAUUAUUCAAACCCCUGGCUUGUGGGAAACUAGUGGUAAGAAUCUGACACUAGGAAGCAAAGGGGGAGAACCAGGAGCUGGACAAGGCUGUUACUGUGUUGUCUAAUUGUUUAGAAGUUAUUUGUUUGGUCAGAUUCAUGUAUAUUGUUUGCCAUUUGGGUCCAUUAAGAUGAUUUUUCCAUCAUUUGAUCGAUCUGCAUCUUAAUCAAGCUUCUUGUGAAAGGCACAUAAUGAAAAAUGAUGAAAACUUAAAAUAAAAAAAAUAUAGAGAUCUACAUUUUUUUAUGUAAUGAUAGAAGUCUUAAAAAUGUUUAUCUGUGGCAACUACUUGUGCGACUUAAAAAAAAGGCCAAUCCUAGAUAGAUAUCUGCAUCCACAAAUUAGAUGUUGCAGUAACCUCAGACAUUAAUUAAUGCAAUUGAACUAAGUUAAAUUUAAAUGUACAGCAGCUCACAGAUCUAUAAUGUUAAUCUGAAGAUAGAUUUGUAUAAUUAUCUAAUCAUUGAUUAUUACAAAGCUAUGUCAAUAUUACAUUUUUCUCUGCAUAAAACUUUUAUCUUAAUAUUUCUUUUACUUAAAUUUCAUUCUGGCUUGCAUGGUAAAAGUCAAAUGCAAUUUUUAAACUUCAGUAACAAACAUACUGAUAACUAUGGAGACGUCACCUUAUUGGAAAUGAUAGAUGUUUCUAUUUGAUUUGUCAUCUAUAGAAAUUUCUGUCAUUUUUUUGUCUUGCCUUUUUUUUUUUUCUACGCUUCAUUAUGCCUCAACCAUUAAUUAAUAAUUAGGUGAUUCAGUCGAGUGAACAAACCAUAGCAGUUAUCAGUCAGAAUGUAUUGAAUCUUGCCUGGAAUAAAAAAUAAAAUCAACAUUUAGAUGUCUCUUAUUUUUCAUGACAACUUAAUACUAUUCUAUUGAGUAUAAUGUAGAUAAUCCACUAAUCCUUCUUACUGUUGUUUCCCCUUAACUUUGCUGCCAUUACCUCUGUUACUUGUAUUAGUGCCUCAAUCCCAAACCUUUUAUUUUAGUGGCCCCCUUAAGGGGAAACGCCACUAUUUUUUGUGUUUUAAAAUAUUAUCCUAGAUGAUAUGUAUCCCACAUUGUUUAUCAUAUAUGUUCCUUUUUUGUUAACAUUGAAAUUACUUAUAGACUUAUUGCAUUUUUUGGUCUAUGUCAGAGAGUGGGGAGCUAAAAAAUCUGCUGAUUUAUUUUUUUUCGAAGAAGGUUCUUCAUUCAUAAAAUACUAUUUUAUAAACAUUUUUCUUUUAUUUUAUAAAUUACAGACGCUACUUCAAAAGAGAACAUAAUAUCGUAAUACGCCAUUUUUUUGCACGUGUCUAGGAAUAUUAUUAUAUUAAAAAACAAUGUUUUAUUGAGAAAAAAAAUUUAAUUAGGUAUUUUGAUAAUUUAAAAAAAUCAUAAAUGUAAUUGUUUACAGCUUUGCAUCAAGUUAUUAGUAUGGAUCAUAUCAUGUAGACUUAUAAACUGUUUAAUUUACUAUUUAAAUGUAUGUAUAUGCAUACAAACACACAUAAAAACAUCAACUUAAUAGAAAGGAUUUCAACUUGGUGAACUAUUAUAAAAUUUUUGACUGAAAGUCAAUUGUGAUGGUCCAUUUGCUGUUUGUAAAAGUGUCUCAAUAACAAGGUCGACAACCUUCUCUAACUUCCACAGCACUGAAUAUCCCCCCUGUGGCCUAUAAUUCUUUCUGUAAAGCUGCACCAUCACCAUAUUUGUGAUGGGAGCACUCUAGGAAUGAGGUGUGUAAAUGUUUACUGCAGAGCCUCACUCUUCCUGCCUAGCCUAUACAGAGGUCCUCAGUCUGUGUGGUAGACCUCUGAGAUAAAAAUUUUUCAUUUUCUUUUUGUUUUCCUUUCCUAGACGUUUCUACAUAAGUUCCAAUAGUGAUGGUAGAAAGAUGUUGCAUAAAACCAGUAGAUUUGAAUAUACAGUCAUUCUUUUAACUACUGGGAUGUCUACUAAAUGUGUCAUGAGGCUGAGUUUUGAUCUUAGUAAAGAAAUAUUUGCAAAUGUUUUAACCAUCGCAUAUUAACUUUGCCUUGGUCUGUUACAUUAUAAAAAUUAGGGGUCAAUGUCUUCAAAUUAGUAAAAUUUCAGACAGCUACAGAGACCCAGCUUUGACCUAUAUAAUUUGUCAGAACGCCCUUAUAAAAUUUUAUAACACAAAUACUUUUGACUUACCAUAUAUUUUUGUAGUGUUACUUUCAUUAUAGUUUUCAAAAUCACUUUUUUUGGAAACAAAAUUUACAGGCUACUAACUGCUGUGUCUUAGUUCCAAACCCAUAGACUAACAUUUUGAGAAACAAUAUCAUAACCCAGUUGCAAUCUGACUGAUUUCUACAGAUUGUUUUGGUUAGUGACGGUAAGUGACCUGACCUAUAUUUGUCUCCUUUUGUGUAAAACAUUUAUCCCAGUCAUAUGGUAGUGGAUUUUUAAAAAAUAUGUUUUUGUUUUUCUUGUAUUUAUAUUUUUUUUUAUAAGCUAAUGCGUUUCAUUUGUGAUGUCUAUGUGAUAAGAAAACCUUGCUUGCAGAGCUCUUAUAAUUAAUACCAUAUUGCUGCCCUCUUUUCAUUAAUUGAUUUUUUUUUUACACAUUUGUUGUGUGAAUAGCUUAUAGAGUUUUGUUUUUGUUUGGUAUAUGUAAGCACAUAUAUUACUACACAGUAUAUCUGCAUAUAUGCAACAUAUUUAUCUCUCUCUUACAAUCAGAUCUUAAAUCUGAGGUAAAAAAAUAUUUUGUCUUUUGGUGUAGGGGUAGGAAGAUAAAGAAAUAAACUGUCUAAAAGACAAACAUUUAAUGUAUUCAGUAGUGCUAGACAGCUCCAGAUCAAAAUAGAUUUUGAUAGCAAUAAUAAAUGGGUUGAUAGAAAUAAUAAAUGGGCUUUGCUGAACAGAUAGACCAGCUGCAGUCUGCUUAUCUCCUGCAGUCAGUCUGUUGUACUUUGUGGUAAUGGAGUUAGUGAGAGCUGACCAAUUCUGUUUGUAUGGAGAAUAAUGAAGUAUAUUUCUUGUAGAUGUGUAAGUAGUGUGUUAGUGUGUCCUGCAUGAAACGACUGUAUGUGUACAUAAUGUUGUGACUUAGUUGUACACAGUUGCCAUGGUGAUGACCUUUAAUGAACACUACAUUAUUAGUAGAUUUUGUAAAUAAUUAAACAUUUCAUGAGAAUUA